ACAAGGAAAACAUUUUUGUUUAAAAUAUAUUUUUUCUUGUUUUCAUACAGUCGAGCUAAGACUUUCAAAAGCAAAUUGCAGCAAUGGAGAAGUCACACCAACUAAGUGAAUUAGGUUUUAUAGAUUAUCAAAAACCACUGAACAAUCAACGGGAUAUGAGAACUUCGACAUAUUUGGCUACCCGAUAUAUGAACGAUGCUGUGUUAGAAAAUACAAUCCAUCCAAGAUUUGAAGAAUCUCGGCCAUAUGGGGAAGAUCCAACGCUAAACAAAAUAAGUGAAUACAUGGAGAAUUACGAAUGGAAGUAUGGAGAUCCUUAUGAAGUAAGCAGCCCAUCUUUGGAUACAAUUAACCACAUUAAACCCUUUUACGAAUGCCAAAUGAAAUUUUUAAAUCGUCCCAUGAUGCCUGCCGCAAGUGUAUCCCAUUCAGAUUAUCUUUGGCAUCCGGAACCAGAAAGAGAACCCAUCAUUUCGCUGCACUUACCUACACCAGUUGCUGCUAGCGCAGUCGCCAUUGAUCGUGCCAAGCCAGGUUAUGCUAAAUAUUUGGAUUCAGCAGCAACGACUUCUCGUUUGGACUAUUGCCAUCGAACGCCUGAGGAUGUUAUGAGUGGCAUAGCUGCUAACGACAAUAUUACAUUCUGGAAUUGGAAAAAAUUGGGCAAUCAAAAUAAAAAGGUCUACCCCGAACAAGAUUCGCAGCAGUGUGAUGAGCUGCCUUCGAACGAUUGCGUCAAAAGGCGUUCCGAAUUCCCGAGUCAGGUCAAUGCAGUGCCAAACUCUGGAAUGACCACAGAAGUUCGAGACAAUUACGUUAAUCCCUACAAAAUAGAUUUAGAAUACGACAGUACAUUGAUCCGCAAUAAUGUUGUAUAUUCAGCUGUAGAACCCUUCCCCAGUAAAUCGGAAUAUACCAUUUUAGGAUCCGGACACAGCACACAUCAAUUUCUGUAAAUCGUUUUAUGUAUUCGGUCUUGAUAUUAGAUUUUGUAGACUCUAAGCAGGACUGAACAAUAAAUAAAACAUGACAAUUUA